UACUUUCUAGGACUUAAAUUAAUCUUUAUAACCUAUUGAAAUUUGAAAAUUUUAAAUAAAAUAAAUAAAUUAGUUCAUAAGCAGAUAUAUCGCCGAUAAAUAAAUUAUCUUAUACCUGAUAAAACGGAUUUUUCAAAAUAAAAUUAUUCCAUGUCGGAUGAAGAUAAUAAGACAUCACAAAGUAAAAGUAAUGGUGAUACAAAAAGUAAGAAAGAAGAAGCCUGGGGCUAUGACUUGUACCCCGAAAGACGGGGCACAUUUUCACGUAAAAUUACCAAUGUACUUAUUGGAAAAGAAGGAAAAGAAGGCAUUGAAAAGUUUAAAUGCGAAAAAAAUGUUUACCAUUGUGUAAAAAAUAGUCCUAUAGUAAAGGUGAUGAUGGCUGCUCUUAAAAGUUCUGGUUGGUUAGUUGCAUAAUUAUUAAAUAAAUGUAAUUUUAGAUCAGUAGUGCAGACCAAAAUGUCUACCUUCAAAGUAGCCUGCAUUAUAAUAAUCUUUGGUCAUUUAGAAAUGCAUCCAAAAUUUAAAAAAUAGGGGUUAUUAUGAAAAUCAUUGAAACGAUUGGUGACUAGCUGUGCCCGUUAUUUCAUACAUGCAAUAAUGUGUUAUCAAUGCAUCCCAGUAAUUUAUGUAAAUUCCUGUUGUGUAUUAGAUAUAUUUUUUUACGUUUCUUAAAUAAUAUAAAUUCACACUAGAGCAGUGACGUGGCUAAAUUUCUUCAUAACCUCUCAGAAAUUAGCCUUUGCUGUUCUAACAUACAUGUUAUAUAAUUGUAUUAUGUAAAUAAUAAAUUUAGAUUUAUAACCAAAGCAUGGUUGAACCAAUAUAGAUUAUAUUAGGUAUACAUACACAACUACUCAUAAUAUUUAAACAAAAUUGGUUCUGAGGGAAAAAAGUGUGUAUAUGUGAUAAUUAUUUGAGGCUCAAAGACUUCUUUUCUUCUUAAAAUUGUUAUUCCUUACAGAAAUGCUUCCCACAUAACAUAAUAUUAAUUAUACAGCUACUAGAAAUGAGCUGCAAUUAUGUUGCAGAACAAAACAGCUGAUACUGAUAUCAACAUCGGACUACAAACUAAUUUUUAAAUAUUGUCAUUUGAACACAAAACAUUACAAAUAAAAAUCACUAUCAUGAAAACUUUAAAAACUAAGUGACUGACAAUGACUGCUAUUUUCAAAAAGGAUUAUUACAAUGUGUUUCAUUUAAACAAUACAUAUAAUAUUAAUUGACUUGAAGGUACUUAAUUACCUUGUAAAAUAAGGUAAACAGAAUUAGGUAGAAAACUACUUUGUGUCAAAUCACUGAUAUACAUUACUAUUUAGCGUGAUAACCUACACUUUACAAAUUUGGUGUUGUGCAGUGGUGUAUCUAGGCGUGGGUGAAGUGGGCCCUCGCCCACAGCCCCGCCAUUAAAGGGGCGAUGCCCCCGGAUUUUACCACAAAUGACUAAUUAAUUUUAUAACUUUAUGCUCGAAAGUGCGACUGAGAGGCCAUUGUAACUACCUUCAAAGAUCGUGACCUUUAGAUUGACGGAAUACGAGUCUUGUCAGGAAUAAAUAGUUAUGAGUAGGUAUGUCGUGUCAAAGCAUGUAUGGUAGGAUAGAUCUAUUGGGUAGAUCUUGGGAACGAAAGAAAAGGGGCCUCGCUUAUGCGUCUUCACCCACGUCUAUAUUAGUCCACGCUACGCCUCUGGUGUUGUGUGUGACAUUAUAUUGGUGACAAGUAUUAAGAGCAAUUAAUAAUGGAAUAAAGUAAUAGAUUAGAGAGCCAAAUAGAUAGUAGAUCGAGUAGUAGUAAAGUGAGCCAGUUUAAUUACAGUCUGUGAAGCAUUCCAUAUUAGUUCUCAGAGGUGACAUGCAUUUGUAGCCUUAUUUCCUUGAUGUUGGAUGUUGACCUUGAGAGGUCAAUCAGCCAGGACCUAGUCGGACAAUUUUCAACGUCAAUAAGUACUAUUAUUUAUUCUGUGGUCAAGUGUAGUGUUCCGAACAACUCACUCCGAUAUCUGGAAAAAAUACGUAACAAAGAAGGGAAACGCUCAGAAAAAAAUUCCACAUGAGUGAAAAUACCAUUAAAUAAUUAUUACACAUAGGUAAUGUAAUAUGGAAAAGUGAGAUAUAAUGAAAUGAGUUUGAGUUUGUUGGUAAUUACAUGAACGUGGACAAUGAAGCAGUGGCAAUCAUGUUUGAAAUACAAAAGUUGAAUACAGUUUCCACAGUACUAAAAGUCAUUUACUAUUAUACCGACCAUAAGUCCCUGCUUGGGAUCUUUGAUUCAAAACCCGUUUCCAAUAUGACAUCAUCACGGUUAGUAGGAAUAGCGUAUGUCGUCUCUUCACACGGUAGGAAAAUUAUUUACAUAUCUGAUCCGGAAAUCGGAAAUGCGGAUGCUUUGAGGUCUAUGGCCACAACUAAAACACGAAGAACCCGAACAACAAACCGAAAGUCUAUUAAUGGCUGCAAUACCUGAAGAAUUUCCAAAAUAAAAAAAAAUGCAAAACUCAAAGAUUAUUAAUUAUACUAUGUAUGUAAAUAUUAUAUUAUGUUAAUAAUAAUAACUAUUAUCUAACUAUGUUACUAUGUAACUAUCAGUGGCCAAACAGCCAUUUAAAGUGAUAGAUAUAAAUUUACGGGUUUAUUAACUUCAUCAAGAUAAGUUACCCUUAUAAGAUGGUUGCUUGCUGCUAGCUGUCGCGUGGCAGUAGUAGCCUUAUCUUUACGCACGUUAACGUUAUGAGCUUUGGAUGUUACCAAUGCUGAAAUCGUAUAUAUAAGAGAUUUCUGGUAUUUUCCAUAGCUGCAUGGCAACCUUGGGACAAAAGUGAUGGAUUCUCUUACGCUGCCUCAACACAUUAACUUUUAAAAGUGAGAUAUCUUUUUUAUUAUGAAACGGACAUUAAAUGUUAGCCCAAUUUUUAGAAAACUUCAAAAAAGGAGGAGGUUCUAAAUUCUACUGUAUUUUUUUUAUGUGCUGAGAACUUUUUCCUACGUGAACCGAUUUUGAUGAUUCUUUUUUCAUUUGAAAGUUGAUGCUUCUCACAUGGUCGCAUAUAAAUUUGAUCAAGAUCGGACCAGUAGUUUUUGAGUUAUUCUUAAUCAUGCGUAUUUAAUUGACUUUGACUACAUUGCAGGUGUUCUAUUUUAUUUAUAUUGAAUUCGGUUGUACAACAUUUUUAAUUUUACUACUUGUAUCUCACUUCAUCACUGAAAAUUACAUACAAAUUAUUUAGCCAAAAAUACAAAAAUAUGUUUUAGCGAAUUUAUUAUAUGUAAUGGGAUAGAAUAGCAUAGGGAAUAGAACAUUUUUUAUUCAACAUAGAAGAAGAUUACAAGUAAUAGUGUAGAUUUAUCUUUACGGCAAACUUUUGUAGCGUUUUUACAAUGUUAUUGAAUGUAUUUCAUCUGUUACUAGUGGUUAUAUGUUAAGCUAAAUAUUAUGUUUUUCUGUAAUUCGUAAUGUUAAUAUAAAAUAAUAAGGCUUUGAUGAUUGAAUUUUAAUAAACACCUACUGAAUAUUUACUUUUAGCCCUGUUGACAUUCGGAGACAUAUAUCUUGUGAGGUAUGUGAUUAUUCAGUUAGUGGAGGCUAUGAUCCAGAGUUAAAUCAGGUGAAUAUUAUACUAACAAUAUAAGUUUGCCUAUUAUAAUGAUACUGAUAGGAAUGUAGUCAAUACACAAUAUACAUUGGGUGUAUAUUAAAUGAAUUUUGGCUACAUUAUUGUGACUUGGGAUAUUUCUGUUAUGUAUACAUAAAGUUGUACACAUAACAGAAAUGAACAUCUGAUAUAAGUUGUGACUGUCAAUUUUUUUAUAAAUAAUAUUCAAGUUAUUAUAAUAAUAAUAAGUUAAUAAUUAUAAUUAAUUUCAU